GCAUUUGCAAACUAUCGGCCAACAGCUGUUUGAGUGUGAAAACAGAAACAUUUGUAAAAUUUGUUUGUAAAUAAAAAAAAAAAUGAAUCACAAUGCAAAACGCGUAAUGCGACAGAAUUCGGUAUGCAUUUUGACCAACGACUUGGCCUCGUCGCCGGUGAUGCUAGCACCCACACCGCCCUCGGCACCCACCACACCACAGCUGCAGGUCGUGGAGGACAUCAAACCGAUUCAGCGCCAGGUCAUCCUGCUGCAGAGCGGAAACAUAGCUCAGACCCCGGCUCCGCCACACGGUGCUGCGCCACAACAUGCUAACAUGGCCGCACCCAGUGCCGUCAAUGCCAGCAGUGCGGCUAACCCUCCGGUACAAGACGAUGCGCCCGUGUCGCUGCUCACAGAGAUUGCCGACAUAAUGCGCAGCUUCGGCGACAGCGAUCAGCCGCGCACGGCCAGCGUUAAGCUGGUGGAACAGAUCCUCCAGCAGCAGCUGAGGGGCAUCUUCAACGAGGCGUCUCUGGUGGCAAUGCGCCGCAAGCAGAAUCCGUGCCCCUCGCAGGCGGACUUUGAGUUCCUCAUGCGUAAUCAUCUGGUUAAGAUUGCCCGCAUGCGGAAGCAUCUCAAGGAUAUGCGUAUACUGAAGCGAUUCCUCAGCAUUAGGACGGGCAGGCCGCAGGACUUUAUGGACGACCUGGAGCAGCAGGAGGAGGAUGAGGAACUGGCCAUCGAAGUGCACGAGCUACACGAUGAGGACCGCAUGCGGCGUCUGUUCCGCGCCGACCGCAUCUCUCAGAUUCUCACGGGCCAGCAGUACCUGGAGUUCAACGAGGCCCGCAAGACCUCCUUCUACUGCCGCCACGGCGAGAAGAUAAAGAACAAGUUUCGACGCUUCCUAGACCUGCCCGCUGAUCUGCGCAUCCCCACGCCCACCAUGAAUAUCCUGGCGUAUCUGGCUCACGAGACGAUUGCCGCCAUUGUCGAUUACUCCAUUCUUACGCGCCUCAACUCGGACAAUCGCGCCACGGAGCCUUACAGUCGGGUGACCUCCGCCGGUGGCAGUCCUGCCAUGAUGCAUGUGUGUCCCGAGGUCACUCAGGGUCGGGGCAUGGAGGUGGUGAAGCCCAUUAGCGUCCAGGAAAUACACGAGGCCAUGCGUCGCUUCCGGCAGAUGAGUAGUCGCAAAAUUGGUCGCUAUCGCAAUUCCUGCGACAUCGAUUUCAGAAGAAGUUUCCUAGCCAUUUAAAAACUGUUAUGGUAGACGGCCCAAGGAUAGGUAUUUUAUUGCUUCAAUAUCAAAACUUGUACGCUCAAUUUUACUGGAAUAAUAAUCUUUAAGGGAAAUACAUAAUAAAAGAUACUCAAGAAAGUCCUUGCAACUUC